CACUUAACCCCACCCAUGUACUUAGUGGCCCACAACAAUUUUUGUGUGAGGUCAUUAAUAAUUCCUUUGCGGUUGCUAUUCUACUAUCAAGUAUUAAAGAAGCGAGAUCAAGAAGGCCAGUCACGUCAAUCGUCUAGCUAUAGCGUCAAGCAGCUACACAAUUGUACCAGUACAUUUCUACUUUAUAUCCUGAUCUGUAAAAAGAACAAAAUGAGUCGGGCACGAGCAGCUGGCAAGAAGCACCCCAAGAAGCGUGGGCAAAGAGCUACGUCAAACAUCUUUGCGAUGUUCGAUCAGGCUCAAAUUCAAGAAUUUAAAGAGGCAUUCAACAUGAUCGAUCAGAACAGAGAUGGUUUUAUUGACCACGAGGAUUUAAAAGAUAUGCUUGCUUCUCUUGGUCAGGAACCUGGCGAUUCGGUUAUAGAUGGCAUGAUGAAAGAAGCACCUGGACCUCUAAACUUCACCAUGUUCUUGACUCUGUUUGGAGAAAAACUUACCGGUACUGAUCCAGAAGAUGUGAUUCGAAAUGCUUUCGCUUGCUUUGACGAGGAGGGUUCUGGAAAAAUCAGUGAGGAUCAUCUUAGAGAACUCCUAACCACUAUGGGAGACAGAUUCACUGAUGCUGAGGUUGAUCAGAUGCUUCGCGGUGCCCCAGUAGACAGUGCUGGAAACUUCGACUACAAUGCAUUCACUCGAAUUCUCAAGCAUGGCACCAAGGAUGAAUAGACACUGUCAGUAUCAAACCCUCUAUUUUAUAUUACCUGUUGAUUCUAUAUAUCGGACACAGCAGUAGCAUUUUAGCAUUUAGUACAAGAUUCUGGAAUAGGAUGUUUUGAAACUGUCAUUCUUAACACAUGUAGCCAAUCAUGUUACAUGUAAGUAGUUAGUUGUUGUAACUUUUAAUUACAUAGCUGUUUCAUGGCAUAGACCAAUAGUUUUGGCCAUGUCGAUCUCAUAACUAAAGUAUAUUGUACAUACAUUCAUAGAGUAUAUCACAACCUGACCAUGGAUACAAGAAUAAUUAUGUUUACAAUCUUGUAA